UGACAUUAUAAAACGGAAUGCGUUUAAUGAACUUCACAGUUCAACUGCAUGCAUCACCCAGAGUGGAUUAUUAUUCCCAAUGCACUUUUUAGUCAUUUUAAUACUUUACGCUGUUUAUGCAAAAACACAGCCAAUUGCGAAUGAUUCCGGUAAUGUGGAGCUGCUUGGUGGUGGCUAUGAGGGUGACUUGAUUUUGAAUUUGGAACAAAUGCAGUUGCUAAAACAGAGUCAUCCCGUCGACUGGAAGUCACGUAAUGGUCACUCAGAUAUGCGGUAUCGUUGGCCAAACAAAACAGUCUAUUAUAACAUCAGCACUAAAUUUUUACCAAUUGAGAUUUCGCAAAUAAGACGUGCCAUGCGGCAUAUUGAAAUACACACUUGCAUCCGUUUCGAGGCAGCUGCACCCAACAUGGAAGCAUUUGUGCUUAUAAGUCACUCGUUAAUGGGUUGCAAUUCAGAAGUUGGCUAUCAAGGACGCGUUCAGCACAUUAGACUCAUGCGUAGCUUAGCAGGCGUUAGCUGUUUUCGCUUCGGGUCUAUUGUGCAUGAAUUAUUGCAUACAUUAGGUUUCUACCAUCAGCAGAGCACCCCAGAUCGUGAUCAAUAUGUACGCAUUAAUUAUGAGAAUAUACUCCAUGGCAGUGAGCACAAUUUUCAAAAAUAUGCUGAAGGCUUUGUCAGCGAUUUCGGUAUAAGCUACGACUAUGCCAGUAUUAUGCAUUAUGGUCCCUAUGCUUUUUCCUGGAAUGGUAGACCUACUAUUGAACGAUUACAUAGUAAAUCAACUGCUAUUGGACAACGCUUCGGAUUGAGCGCAAAAGAUAUACAGAAAAUUAAAAAAAUGUAUUCUUGCUAAGAUUU